UGAAGAAAUUCUGCAAACUGCAUUCACUGAAUAGGGUGCCUCCUCUAAUUUUGUAAUCUGUAAUCAUUUUUGUGCUGCUUCUGUUGCAUUUCGGCCGAGCAUCACAGCAGGGACCCGCUUCCCCUUUCGCAGAUUUUUGCACACAUCCCUCCACGGACAGGAGGGGAUCGAGACCCCCGCUUCCCGUUUUCUAGGACAGUCAGCCCUCAGGCGGGGGCAGCGCUGCAAAGAACGCCUCCCGGUUCAGGUUUCAACCGCCCCCUCCCAGGACAGCCUCGGUGCUGGAGGGAGUCGCCGGCUCAGCGACCAGAAGCCGGCCGCGCCGCCGGAGAGGAGAGGCGGGUUGCACGUAGCUUCGGUUUCUCCUGCAGUGGGAACGGGGCGAGCAGUGAUGCGGUGCAGGGGACUCAGCCAGCUAUUCCGCCAAUAGGAAAGAAGCCCUCCGCGGUUGCCGGGCAGAUCUCGCCCGGGCCAAAGCGAAAGUUCUGGAGCGGCGACCACUAUCUGGUGGGCUCUUGACCGCCCCUCUUCCCCUUAUGGUGCCAGUUCUCCUUUCUAGGCCCCCUGAGAAGCAACUCUUUGGUUUCAGCCCAUCCCAGAGCUGGCAAGAGAUUUCUCCCUCUUGGAAACCAGUCAAGAGAGACCCAGUGUCAUUCCACACCAAACAGCUGCAGCCACGGAAGUGCAGGGACCCAGCUGUAAAAUGAGCCGUCUUGGUAGGGGCUCUUUGCUCCUGGUAGCAGCUGCUUUCUUGCUGGGGGGCUGCUCUGGUUCUUCCUGGCACUCCCUGUGCUAUUUAUGCACAAUGAUAGGGGAGCCUGACCAGAACGUGCCGGAUUUUUUUGCUUCGGGGUACGUGGACGACGAGCUCGUUGGUCAUUACAACAGCACCACGAGACGGGCGGUGCCUCGGGUGGCCUGGGUAAGGAAGGUGGAGAAGGAGAACCCCCACUUCUGGGACUGGAACACCCACACAGGCAUCUAUCACGAGCUGAAAAUGAAGGCGCUGCAAGAUCUCGACAAUCACAGCAAAGGGUCGCACAUCUGGCAGAGCAUGUAUUGCUGUGAACUGAGCACGGACGGGCGGAAAAGGGGGUUCUCCCAGGUCGCUUAUAAUGGCGAGGACUACAUCAGCUUCGACAAGGAGAACCUGACCUGGACAGCAGCCGUGGUGCCCGCUCAGGUGACCAAGAGGAAGUGGGACGCUGACUUGGUGUACAGCAAAUCCCUCAAGAGCUUCCUGGAGGAAGCGUGCAUUGAUUGGCUGCAGAAGGGCCUGGACUACGGAAGGGAGUCUCUGCUGCGGAGAGAGCCUCCAGUGGUGACGGUGUCACGGAAGGUGGGCUCGGAUGGCCUGGAAACCCUCGUCUGUCGUGCCCAUGGCUUCUUCCCCAAAGAGAUCGAUGCCACCUGGCGGAAGGAUGGGGAGAUCUGGGAGCAGGAGACCUUUCGUGGGGGUGUCGUCCCCAACUCGGACGGUACUUACUACACCUGGCUGAGCAUCAAGAUCCACCCCGAGGACAGGGAUUUCUAUCGGUGCCAUGUAGAACACAACGUCCUGCCGGAGCCUUUGGACUUGGACUGGAAGGUGCCUGUGAUAUCAGUGACAUCCAAAAUGGGGCUCAUUGUGGGUGUCCUCGUGGGGGUCGUGGCUGGUCUGCUGGCGGCUGGGGUCACCUUCUACUUUUGGAAAAGGCGAAGUGGCUACCAAGCGGCCCGUAAAGCACCAUCAGUGAGUGAUCAGCUAUCCUCUGAAGUAGGCUCAGCUCAGGAGAAUUUGUGAGAAGAGACCAAGAGGAACCAACCUGUGGCUUCUCGUGUGAUUCUUCCAAGCUCCUCAAGAGCUCCAGCCAGCCUUCAGAAUGGUUUCCUAAACUACAUAAUCCAGGCUGUGGCCAAGUUUCGGCAUCCUGUGUCUGAGAGUGCCUUGGCUGGAGGCGGUGGUGGGGGGUGAUAUUUCUGAUGGGUCUGGGGCUGAUCAUUUUCUGCUAAUGAAUUUGGGCUAAAUAUUUGCAACUGAAAAGAUGUCGGACUAAGAAUACGGUCUCUGCUCAUCUUUUCAGUCAUUCUCUACAGCUUUUCUGUUGCUGUGUUGCCCUAUCUUGGAUGUUAAGUAAUAUUUGGCUGAACUGAUGUGAUGUCCAUGAAUGUUCACAAUCAUUCUAACUUCUCAAGGUGAAUGUGUCAGUGAUGUGGAUGGAAGUGAUAAGGGAAAACUGGUGGAACUCUUGGUCUAGUGAGACCAGGGCCCGGCAGGAUUUAUCAUCUUUCCGCUGUGCCUGUAAGACAGAGCUCUUCCGCCAGGCAUAUGGUUGAGGCUAGGCCUCCACUGGUCUGGAUAGAGGAGCAGAAGGGAAGACUGGAUCCCUCCCUAUUAGAGUUGUCCACCGUCCAGUUUUAAAUUGGCAGAUCGACUGCCUCCAAUUAGCUGAAUGCUGCUAUCAUGUAUACCUUCACUUUAUAUUGUACUGCUGUGCUGUUCGUAGGUUUUAAACUGUUUAAGAUGUAAGCUUUAUUAUAAAUGUUUUUACCGGAUGUAAUCCACCCUGGGCCUGCUUGUGCGGGGAGGGUGGAAUAAAAGCCUUAAAAAAAAAACUCUUGCAGAAGUUCUGGGCUGGGAGAGAGGAAGGGCUGUUGGUGGAUGAAGAGUUGCUUGGGCGAUGGAUCAGGUUUGAAGGUGAUGGUGAAGAGGUCUUAGAGGCAGGAAGGCUGAAUGGGCUGAUUGGAGAAGUUGCUCCUAGAAGCACCUUUCUUCAGGCACACAUGACAUGAUCCUCCGUAGCCAGACUGUGCACUUUCUCCAAGACUGGUGUUAACUGGUGCUAUAGAAGAAGGAAGUAGAGAGGACCCCCACUUUCCACAAACUCUGUAAGGGUAAUUUUUCUCCCCAGAAGGCCUUUUUUUCUGAGGCAACUGGUGGGGGUGUUGCGUUUUCAAAAUUACGUUGAAAUUAGUUUUAAUUUAUAUUGUUUUUGAUACUGUUUGUUUUUAAUUUGUAGGCUGCUUUGAUUGCUAUGAUUAAAGCAUCAUGACAUUUC